GCCGCGGAGCGGUCAAGGUCCCUCUCCGGUAUAAGACGCCGCGGGCCAGAGAGAGAGAGACAGAGAGAGAGACACUCGCAAGCUGCACAGAGCCACACACGCGCCCAGAGACAGCCCAACGCAGCUGAUACUCCCCUUGCGUGGGGCUGCAGUUGAACACAACAAGCCUGUGCCUGUGUGUGCGCCUGGACUCCCCUCGCGUGGAGGCCUGCAGUCCUUCGUAGGGCGCUACUCGCUCGCAAGCACUUGCCCCGACAGUCUGUUGAGGCUACACCGGGGGGUGGGAGGAUCGGGCGGCAUCUUCUGGCUUGGGCCACGCGCGCGGAGUGUGCCAAGACGACAGCCCUGGCUCUCCUCGUGGACACGUUCUGGGCCGACCGUGUGUCCACCAUCAUCAUCGCAGCCCCCUCCACCUCGUCGUCGUCUUCCAGGCCUCGUCACCCUGAGCCCGCGGCGGAUGGAACUCGAGCGCCUCCCGCACUGACCUCCUGCGCCCGAGAGGCGGUGUCACUCACGCGGAGCGCCUCCCGCAUGAACGACGAGCGGAGCUUCAUUGGCUGUGCCACGGGAGGAGACGUUGAAGCGAGUGGUGGAGUUGGUGGUGGUUGCGAAAGACCCAGAAAAUCAUCAUCAACCUCACCAUCAUCAUCAUCAUCGCCAGCAACAGCAGCUUCUGAAUCAUCUGAAACAUCACCGUUCACAUCAUUAUACUUGACGUCAACAUCAUCAUCAUCAUCUUUAGCAGCAUUAUCAUCAGCAGCAGCUGGAGUUCCAUCAUUAUCAUCAGCAGCAGCAUCAUCAGCAGCAGGAGUAUUCGUGGGUCUGCUCCAGCACCAGCAGGACAUGGCUUGUCCACGGGCCGUGUCAGCCACGCCGGCUCGGCUGCAACAACAACAACAACAGCAGCAGCAACAUCAUCAACAACAACAUCAACAGCAGCAGCAGCAGGAGACGCGUCGGAGCCCAAUCCUCUUCCGCCUGCUGCAGAGCGAGAAGCGCGCGGGGAGCGGAGGGCGCUCGCGGCCAGCGCCAUACACGUGGCCCUUCCACCUGCAGCAGCAGCAGCAGCAGCACCAUCAGCAGAUGAUGCAGCUGCAGCAGCAGAUCCACCUGCAGAGGCUUCAAAUUGAGCAGCAGCAGCAGCAACAGCAGCAGCAGCAGCCGCAGCAGCCGUAUAACCUUCGCGUACAAAAGACUGAGUUGGAGCCAAAUACUCAGAGUGAGAAGGUUCAUGUUGAGCAGAAAUAUCAGCAGCAGGUGCAGAUUCAAGUUCAGGACACGCACGUUCAGCAGCAGCAGCAGCAGCAACAGCAGCAGUACUACCAGCUGCAGGUGCAGAAGGUUCAUCUGAACGAUCAACAUCUUGAUCAUCAGCCACAGCAGCGGCAGCGGCAAGAGGAGGAGGAAGUUGGACUUCAGCAACAGAAGCGCCACCACCACCAUCAUCAUCAACACCACUAUCAGCAGCAGCAGAACCAGCAGCAACAGCAGCUGCAGCAGAACCAGCAGCAGCAGCUGCAGCAGCAGCAACAGCAGCAGCAGCUCCAGGAUGUCGAGGAGGCGGAGCCGCUGGUGCCGCUGCCCUCGAGCUGCGCCUGCGUGCCGCGGCGUCGCCUCGUGCUGCGCUCCCCGCCGCACUCGACCCGCCAGGCGGCCUGGGCGGUGCUCGCCAAGACGCUCCGCUUCGUCAAGACGCUGCCCUCCUUCUGGCAGCUGCCGCGCCGCGACCGCCUCCUGCUCGCCCGGCACGCCUGGGCGCCCCUCUUCCUGCUCGGCCUGGCGCAGGAGCGACUGCCCGUGGAGGUGAGCGCAGAGCCCGAGCCGAGCCUCCUUCGACGGCUCCUCAGCGAGCCCGACGUUGAAGACGGUGGUGCUGGUGGUGGUGGUGGUGCUGGUGGUGCUGGUUGUGGUGGUGGUGGUUGUGGUGGUGGUGCUGGCGGUGGUUGUGGUGCUGGUAGUGGUGGUGGUGGUACCGAGAGCUGUACAGGAGACAACAUGAACAGCAGCUGUGGUGGCACUGCUGUCGAUUGUGGUGGUGGUAACGGAGGCGUUCAGGGCAGUGCCAUUGCGGUGGAACACGUUGACGGUGAUGACAACAACAACAACAAUGAUGACAACAACAACAACAACGAUGAUGAUGAUGACGAUCUCAAGAGGGCGAACUUAUUGACGGCGUCGAUGACGGCGGUGCAGAGAGGUGGGGACGACCAACGCUGUUGCCGCUCCGGCAGGCAGCAGGCACAUCGUCGUGGUGCCCAGACCUGCCUCGCGUCCUCGCCCCGCUCCUCCUCCUCCUCGUCCUCCUCCUCCUCCCCGCUCCCUUCCAAGAGUCCCAGCCGCCACAGCAGCGACUCGCCCCACAGCGGCACCAUCACCAGCACGACCAGCAACACCACCACCCUCGUCGCCAGCAACACCACCACCCUCAUCACCAGCAACACCACCACCACCAUCAGCAGCAGCGACACCAACGACAUCUUCAGACGCAGCAGGUGCCGCAGCAGAAGCCCUCAAGAUGUCACAAGCAGCAGCAGCAGCAGCAGUCGCAACAGCGACAGUCCUCAGCCCAUGGCCAAAAGCACGACCCCUCUGCCCCACACGGACACGACAAGCCCGGCACUCGCCACCACCAACAACAGCAGCAGCAGCUGUGUUAGCCCGCAGACGAACAGCAACAGCAGGAGCCCUCUGCUCAUCACCAACACAGCGACGCCCGGGAACAACAACAACAACAGCAGCAGCAGCAGUAGCGGCAGCAGCAGCGGCAGCAGCCCUCAGCCCAUCAUCAUCGGAGGCGGCUCGCUGAGACAGCGCGCAGGAGCGGCCGGGAGCCCGGGGCGAUCGUCUCCCGCGAUCCUGCAGGCGGACGCCAUCCACAAGGUGCAGAGCUUCUUGGACAAGUGCAGGCGGCUCGACAUCGACCCCAAGGAGUACGCCUACCUCAAGGGCAUCGUGCUCUUCAACCCCGACGUGGAGAGCCUCUGCGCUCGCGCCUGCGUGCAAGCCCUGCAGCUGGAGGCGCAGCAGGCGCUCUGCGAGUGGGCCCGCGUCUCCGGCUCGCCCGGGCCCCCGCGCCUGGGCCGCCUGCUGCUGGCGCUGUGCCUGCUGCGCUCCGUACCGCCGGCUUCCAUCACGCAGCUCUUCUUCGGCUCCAGCCAGGGCGACCUGGCCAUUGAGCUCCUGUUGCAGGACCUGCUGCAAGCGCCGUGACCCGCCCUACCGCCCUACCGCCGCACUUUUUGCACCUGGGGGGGGGGGAGGGAUGCGAACGAGAUUGUUGUUUUUGUUUGGCACCCCUGCAGAAGGACACUUGAGGAAAUUUCCCGUUGCGGGUGCCUCGAAGGUCGUUACUGCUGCAAGCACUACUGGAAGAAUAUACUGAUGCACAGAAAGUGCGGAUAACGCUGCACUUUCAGCACCCUUGGGGCAUUUGCUGCCGAAGGGGCGUUCCUACUGCUGCACGGGGCCGCUGGGAGAAUGCCCUGCUGCGUGUGCGUUCCCCUGGGGCAGACACUGCUACAGGUGCCCCGAGGGCAAAUACUGUUGGAGUUAUUCAUGGGGGCAGGGCCGGGGCAUUUGACUGUUGCUGCGGGGGGCUACUGGAAGAAUAUACUGCUGCACGUACUUGCCCUGAGGGUAGAUACUGUUGACAGAUGCUCAUGGGGCAUGCCUGCUGCAAGAUGGUCCGAAAGAUUUUUGCUGCUGCAGGUAUCCUGAUAUUCAUACUCCUGCAAGCUUCCCUUGGGGUGUGGAGGCUGACACUGCUAGAAGUUGCCCUGGGGGAAUGCACUGUUACAAAAUGCUCCGAGGGCACUAUCCUGCCUCCCUACACACUGCACACACUGUACGAUGGUCCUGUCAGUCGUGGCUUGCUUGUGGCAUUUGGCGUUUAAAGCUGGACUUGGGCCUUCCAUGGGUCGAUUGUAAUAUCGUGUCACGUGGGAGGAUGGUGGUGCUGUUGUGGGUCAUUGGGAUGUGCGCCAGCGCUGGGGGCAGGGGAAGACAAAGGCGGCCGGGCAUGCGGUCUUCUACCCCCCCCUCCCACCAUCGCACAACUACCACAACGCCGGCCUUAAUAGGUGCUCGCUAACAGCGCUCGCAUUCACUACCUUCAGAUUGAACGUCACGGUUCCAUCAAGCAUUCGCGAGCUCAUCUCCAGUUGGCGGCCCUGCUGGAAAUUCCACAUUCCAGUGGCAGGGAGCGGAGGGGGCAGUCUAUUCCUAAUCGUGUAUUUUCAAUGCAAAGUGGUGCUCAUUUUAACGAACUCAGACGAGUGGUCUAAGUGGUGGUGAUGACUUUAGGCUGAGCUGACCUUGACCGGGAGGCGGGGGGGGGGGGGCUUGAACCCGUGACCUUCCGAUUGCGAGUCGAGUGCACGAGGGCUACACUGGGACACUCAGCCGGACGGUCGGUCAAUUACUCUUCCCGCGUGCAUGGAGUGCCCUCGUGUGCCCCCUUACAGCUCCCUCUCUCCCUCCUCUCUCUCCCUCCCUCCCUUCCUCCCUCCCCUCCCUCCCCUCCCUCCCUC